GCGUAAGAUUAGAAAGUGAAUUCAUCAUGAUUAGCUUACAAGUUCAUCAAGUUUAUUGUCAAUGUAUAAUUAUACGUGUUCAAUUAAACAUAGAAUUGCUAUCCUUAUAUUUAUCCAACAUUACACGACUCGACCAGUUCUCUUUCGCAACUGCAUUAUCAGUCACUGAUUUUACCUGGCUCCAGGCGGUUUAUUUUCAUUUGCGGUACCAAAAUGGCUGCCCGCCGCGGAAACCGCAAGCGGGUAAUUUAAAACCGUUGAACUACAUUUUCUACGGGUUAAUCAGUGACAAUGAUCAGAUCUCCGUAACACGGCUAUGCUAACUUUUAUCCUUGCUUUGCCAAGAUACGCUUCAUUAAACGAUCGUAUUCUUCUCUAAUCUUCUAUGGGAGAUUGCGAAACAUGCAAGGUGUUGCUAAUAAUAAUUUCGUACCGAUGCAACGUACAAAUAACGGGCUGUCAGUUUCUUGAACCUAUAAUUUCCCUAUUCAGUCAUGGGUCUUUAAACAGAAAUCUAGGGUUACAGAAUUACGUGAGAUUAAAGAAGAAUAAUAAGUAACCUUGACGAUCCCUAUUUUUAUCACAUACUAAGCUUGAUAAUAUAUAUUACUAUAAAUUACAGUACUGAACAUAUGAUUUGCUAUUAAUAGUUCGAUCCAGGGUCUAUAAAUAAAUCAUGACCUUCAUUUUCAUUCAAAGUUGAUGAUGUACAUUAACAUCAAUUUAUGAGCAUUUAGUUUAGUUAUUGAGAGAGAUCAAUGCUGGAUUUACAAGUAACUUUUGAAACAAUAUUCCAUCUACUACAAAAUAUAUGUAGAUUGCUGUAAUGUGAGCAACUAAAUACUCUGAUAUUCAUUGAAGCCUUAGUAUCUGAAACUUUUUAAAUAAAUUUUUGUUUCGAAAACUUAAGGUGUCCACAAAAAGGGAAUCCCGGAAGGAAGAAUAUAAACAGUAGACAAGGAUCAAGAUGACCGUGUUUGAUAAUUAAAAUGUCUGACAGAAUGGCUCAUUGUAAUGUGGAGGGGAUUUGAAUGCCGACACGGCGCCAUUAAUGGUACUCCAACCGCAACGUCCAUAGCAAAUGAGAUUUCUGGACAAGUUUCUUCAUCCUCCAAAAUCAUGAUACAUAUUUUACACUACUCAUUUUAUCACUUCUGAUAUAGUGGAUCUUAAAACACGUUGAUUAAAGUAUUAAAUUGUAGAAAUACGAAGAAAAUAAUGUGUUUCUGCUGGAUUUCUCCGGUUGGUACGCCGACUUAUGCGGCUCGAAAGUUGGUAGACUUGGUGCGCGUCGACGCCCAAGCGUUUACUAUACUUCCAACAAGUGGGUGGAAUUUAAUAGUAGGAUCAUCUGCAUUCUUUUGUGGCUAAUGAGGGCGGUAAAAGUUGUUGCACGUGAAUUUUUGGUUUAGCAUAAAAAUGGCUAUCUUUGAAUCCUGCUGGUCCCCAUUUAUUUGGACCAAUAGUGUGAGAACAGGAUGCAAAGCUAUUGCUUUCUACACAAUUGCAAUCAGUAUAAUAUCCAUUACACUAAUCAGUUACCAGUUACAUGGAGGUGAUUCUUCGCAGCUGUACAAUCCUAUGUUUGAAGCUGAUCUUAGAGGAUCUAUGCAAAUUGUUGGAGGCUUCUUUAUAUUAUACUUUAUUCUCCUAAUUGCAUCAGGACUUUUGAUGGUAUAUGGAAUUAGAGAGGGAAUAAGAGGAUGGUUACUUCCUUGGCUUAUAUUAUGGUUUAUUGCCUGUCUGUUCCAAUUAGUUUUUGGACUUUGGCUUGUUGGAGGCUAUUAUAUCUAUCUUGAUGCAACAUUUGCAGCCAUGUGUAUCUGGCUUUGGAUGUCAUAUAAUGUAUACUGCUGGCUAGUUGUUCUAUCAAUGUACAAAAUAUUUGAGGAACUACAAUCUCCAAACAUAGAGCUUCUAUGGCCUUAGAUACCUUAGAUGUUAAUAAGAUACAGAGUACAUUCACUGACACCAAAGUAAGAUACAGUGUCUUUAAAGAGGAAUAUAUAUAUUUUUUUUAUAAUUGAUCGAAAGUUAGUCAUAUAAACAGCAUUAUUUAAAAUAAUUUAAGUCAACAAAAAUUACAUUUUUUUAAAUGUAUUUAAGUUACUUAUCAUUAUUUACUCUAAUAUACUCAAUGUUAUGAGUAUUGUAUAAGUACCAUACUUAAGUGUCAUUAAUGUACAAGUAGCCUGCUGCCUUGAAAGCUUAAGACUUUCACAUAACAAAAAAAGACUGAUAAUGGUCUAAGAAAAUGUCCGUCCAGAUUUCAAUUAUCUCGAUACUUUUACUGACAAGCUUAUGCAAUAGAAUUUUAUAAUUGGUUGCUUUACACAACCGAAAGAAGAAAGUAAAUAGUGUUUGUAAUAAAUGUUU